AACAAAAUGGUGAACAAUUUGUAUGGUGAACAUUUUUAAACAAAAACUGUGUAUCUUUCUUCUUGUUAACGUCUGAAAUUUGUUUUUCCGCUCGAAAAUUAAAACAUUUUACAAACGGAUGUUUUGUUGUUAAAUUUGGAUUGUUAACACUCUCACAUUGCGCUUAAAUAUCAUUUUUCUAAACAUGUGUAAGAUAUAUUUUUAGCAAGGUCAAAUUUAUUUAUUUUCGACAAGUAUUUGGUAGUAAAUGAUUUAUUGAGAUACGAGUAGAUCUUGACUCUGGAAGUGUAAGCUGAAACCAUGUCGUCGUCCAAACGUGACGUAAGGAUUCUCCUCAUAGGAGAUGCUGGAGUUGGUAAAACCUCAUUGAUAUUGUCCUUAGUUAGUGAAGAAUUUGCAGAAGAUGUACCAUCAAGAGCCGAAGAGAUUACUAUACCAGCUGAUGUCACCCCUGAAAAAGUUCCAACCCACAUAGUUGACUAUUCUUCUCAUGAUCAAGAUGAAACAGUUUUAGAAGAAGAAAUGGCCAAGGCUAGUGUUCUUUGUCUUGUUUAUUCUGUUAUGGAUGAAGAUUCUAUACAAAGGCUUACAACCCAUUGGUUACCAUAUAUAAGAACAACAUUAGGUGAUGAGCAUCAUAAACCUGUUAUAUUAGUUGGUAAUAAAGUUGACCAAACUGAAUAUCCUACAUUAGAGAGUAUCUUACCUAUUAUGAAUGAUUUUGCAGAAGUUGAAACUUGUGUUGAGUGUUCAGCUCGAACAUUAAAGAAUAUCAGUGAAGUGUUCUAUUAUGCUCAGAAAGCUGUUUUACAUCCUACAGCUCCUGUAUAUAACCCUGAAGAAAAAGAGUUAACUCCUCUAUGUCGUAAGGCAUUAACUAGAAUAUUUAAAAUUUGUGAUAUGGACAAUGAUAAUCUUUUAAAUGAUGAAGAAGUUAAUAACUUUCAGCAAAAAUGUUUUAAUGCACCACUACAUCCACAAGCUUUAGAAGAUGUAAAACAAAUUGUACGUAAACAUACAUCUGAGGGCAUAAUAGAUGACGGUAUUUCAUUGAAAGGUUUUUUGUUUUUACAUACAUUAUUUAUACAGAAAGGUAGACAUGAAACAACUUGGACUGUUUUACGUAAAUUUGGUUAUGAUGAACAUUUAGCAUUAGCUAAGGAUUUUGUUGCACCAAAGAUUCAAAUAGGAAAUGGGUCUACUACAGAAUUAAGUAAUAAUGGUUUAGAAUUUUUAAGUACAUUAUUUGAAAAAUAUGAUGAGGACUAUGAUGGUUGUUUAUCACCACCAGAAUUACAGAAUCUCUUCAGUACCUGUCCUAUAAUGCCGUGGGGACCUGACGUCAAUAAUACAGUUUGUACCAAUCCACAAGGCUGGAUAUCAUUAAAAGGUUAUAUAGCACAAUGGACGUUGACCUCGUUAUUAGAUGUACCUAGAACUAUAGAAUAUUUAGCUUAUUUAGGUUAUAAUUAUACACACGACUCUCAGUUAACAGCUAUACAUGUUACGAGAGACAAGAAAAUAGACUUAGAAAAGAGACAAACAACACGUAAUGUAUUUCGAUGCCAUGUGUUGGGUGGUAAAGGUGCUGGAAAGACUGCCUUUCUUCAAGGUUUAUUGGGCAGGAAUUUACGUUAUAUAGCCACUUUAAAUAGAGAGCAUUUUUCUAGUUUUACUAUAAAUACUGUUCAAGUUUAUGGUCAAGAAAAACAUUUAAUGGUUAUAGAUUUUGGUAUGAGUGAUAUGUCUGUACCAACUGAAUUAGAUUGUGAUGUAGCCUGUUUAUGUUAUGAUGUUACAAAUCCUAAAAGUUUUGAAAUUUGUGCAAGAAUUUAUUUGCGAUUAUUUAUAGAUAGUAAAAUACCAACAUUGAUAGUGGCCUGUAAAGCAGAACAUCCUGAGAUUAGACAAGAUUAUGAGAUGACCCCUGCCCAGUUCUGUAAUUAUUAUAAACUCCCUCCACCGCAGUUAUUUACCUGUAUAGACAAAGUCAAUCAUGAUAUAUAUGUUAAAUUGGCAACAAUGGCUGCUUAUCCGUAA